AUGUGUCCCAUAGAGUGGGAAGUGUUCAAAUCCGCAGUUCUUGCUAGAUACUUUCCCCGGGAAUUGAUGGACGCUAAGGUUGAGGAAUUCAUCUACCUUCGUCAAGGGAACAUGAGUGUGAAAGACUGCUCACACAAAUUCACUCAAUUGUCCAAGUAUGCUCCAUCUUUAGUGUCAAGUCCAAGAGAUGAAAUGAUUGAGGAGUCAAGACUUAGGAAGAAGAAUAGGGAAGUGAAGAGAGCAAGGAUCGAUGAUGGGAAUUCUUCCAAGGGUAAAUCUGAGGGUCAAGGACAACCAAGGUUCAAGAGAAGGUUCUCCAACCAUAGCUCAUCUAGUGCUCCAAGGGUCAAUAACGCUAGGGUGUCUAACCCUAAGCCUCAAGGAGGAUAUAGUGGUGGAUCUUCUAUGGUGAGGCCUAUUUGUUCCAAGUGUGGCAAGAAAAAUGAUGGUAAGUGCCUAGUUGGCACGAAUGGUUGCUAUUGUUGUGGGAAGAGAGGUCAUAUGAUGAGGAAUUGUCCCAUGCUUAAGAAUCAAGUAAGAGAGGGCAAGCAAGUACCUCCUAGUAUUUCAAAUUCCGAUGCUCCCAAGAAGAACCACUUCUAUGCUCUUCAAUCCCGAGGUGACCAAGAGAGCUCCCCAAAUUUAGUGACCGGUAUAUUACAAAUCUUUUCUAUUGAUGUAUAUGCAUUGUUAGAUCCCAGUGCCAACUUGUCCUUUGUGACACCUUUUGUGGCCAUGAAAUUUGAAAUACUCCCUGAAGUGUUAAUAGAGCCUUUUUCGGUUUCUACCUCGGUUGCCGACUUUGUUAUUUUGGAUUGUGAGAUUGAUAUUGAGGUGCCUAUUAUAUUUGGUAGGGCUUUUUUGGCUACCGAAAUAGCACUUGUGGAUGUUGAAAGUGGUGAACUGAAAUUUUGGGUAAAUGACGAGGAAGUUACUUUCAAUGUGUGCGAAUUGAUAAAGCAUGUGGUUUCAACUCUUGAUGUGAUUGAUAAGGCAGUGGCUAGUGUAUGUGAUGUGUUUUGUAUGGGGGAACCUUUUGCAGAUGUCCUUUCAAAUUAUGAUGAGGAGGGAGUUCAAGGUUAUGAUGAAGUUGUGGCUGCUUUAUCGGGGUUAGGUUCCUACUCCAAGAAUCCAUUGAAGCUCGACUUUGACCUCAAAAAUCGAAAAACUCCCCCCCCGCUAAACCAUCCAUUGAAGAACCACCAAAGCUUGAGUUGA